AUGGCUGAACCAGAAAAAGUUCCCUAUGACAGGCGAUCUGGUGACAGUGAGCGUACUGCCACUAAUAUCGAGAAUGCCCCUCCCCGCAAGAGGUCCUUCGCGGACGUCGACAUGAGCAAACUGAGCGCCGCAUUUGAGAAUCCGCUCUCUAACACUCCAAAGGAGAAACUCCUGGAGGAUGUCGAGCUCUUCUGCCGCCAUAAUAACCUUAUGGAGUAUAUCGAUUCAUUUCGCAAAGGCGCUUUGGUGGCCCAAUCUCCAAAUGCCACUGACAAUAUCGCCGAGUUGUCAUCUGAAGACCGAGAAGUGCUUCAGCGAGAGCACACGCAUCGCUGGUCUCAGCCAUUCACCCUCUAUUGGCUGGUUGUCAUGUGUUCGCUAGCAGCUGCUGUGCAGGGCAUGGACGAGACAGUAAACAACGGUGCCCAAGCUCUUUAUCUCAAACAACUCAACGUCACCACCAAGCGGUUCAGCCAAGGUAUGGUUGAUAACUUGACCGGACUGGUUGUUGGCGCACCUUACCGCCUUGGAAUUGGUCCCAAAUCUUCCACAGUGCCAGUCUACUCUGCCGAGUGUGCCCCAGCCCCGAUCCGUGGCGCCUUGGUUAUGAUGUGGCAAAUGUGGACUGCUUUCGGCAUCAUGCUUGGAAACAUCAUGGGCGUGGCUUUUGGCGGGCUCGCCCCAGACCUUGGCUGGAGAUUGAUGCUCGGCAGCACUGUUGUCCUUCCUCUGAUUGUGUGCGCCCAAGUCUACUACUGCCCUGAGAGUCCCAGAUGGUACAUCCAGCACAACCGACCUGACAAGGCAUUCCAAUCCUUCCGACGCUUGAGGUUCACUGACCUCCAAGCCGCACGGGAUACUUAUUACACCUACGUUGGCGUGGAGCUUGAACGACAGGCUCACAAGGGCAAGAACUUGUUCACUCAGUUCAUCGAGCUUUUCACCGUUCCGCGCAACCGACGAGCAACCUGGGCAUCGUGGAUCGUCAUGUUCGGCCAGCAAUUUUGCGGAGUUAACGUGAUCGCGUACUACUCGACCACGAUUUUUUUGUCCAGCUCAUACUCCGUUUCAGCUGCUCUGUUAGCAUCAAUGGGUACGGGUAUCCUGAAUUGGGUCUUUGCGCUGCCUGCCGUGUUUACCAUUGAUCGAUGGGGACGCCGCAACUUGCUACUCUUCACGUUCCCUUUUUUGGCGAUCUUUUUACUCUGGACGGGCUUCAGCUUUUGGUUUGACGACAAGAAAACUAAGGUGGCUAUGGUGACGACAGGGAUGUACUUGUUUGAGGUCUUCUACUCGCCUGGGGAAGGCCCUGUACCAUUUACCUACUCGGCCGAAGCAUUUCCUGUGCACGUUCGAGAUGUGGGAAUGAGUUUCGCGACGGCCACCACAUGGUGCUUCAACUUCAUUCUCAGCUUCUCCUGGCCUCAUCUCUUGACGGCUUUCAAGCCUCAAGGCGCAUUCGCGUGGUACGGCGCAUGGUGUAUCAUUUUGUGGUUCUUGAUACUCCUAUUUGUUCCCGAAACCAAAGCUCUUACACUCGAAGAACUAGAUCAAGUGUUCAGUGUCAGCACUCGUAAGCAUAUGAGUUAUCAGUUGAAGAAUGCUGCCUGGCAUUUCCGCGUCUGGGUUUUGAGACAGAAACUCGAGCCUUUGCCACCGUUCUAUCAUCGAGCAGAGAAGCUGAACGAGACAUGA